AUGUCUGGAUGGGCGACUCAUCCUCUGUUCUGGUAUAGUAGAAUAACCGAUCCUGCUGAACUCGAGAAGGUCCGUCAGAAGGAGAUGGACAUUACCAAGGAGCGUAUUGAGAAGAUCCUUGCUAAGGGUGUUAAUGUCAUCCUCACCAGUGGUGGUCUUGAUGAUUUCUCUAUGAAGUAUCUCAUCGACCGUAAAGUUAUGGGUAUCAGAAGAGUCCCUAAGAAGGACAUGAAGAGGAUUUCCAAGGUACACUAUACUCCAGUGGGAGCUUUCGAUCAAUUAUCUCAGGCCACUGGAGCUAAGCCCCUCCUCACACUCACAGCUACUGAGCAAUGGGAUGAGGAAGGUAUUGAUGAUUCUGCUAUUGGCAAAGCUGAUCUCGUCCAUGAGGAACGUGUUGGAGACAACGACUUUGUCUUCAUAACCAAUAACGGCGAUAGUCAGUAUCAGGGCAAGAGUUCAACCCUCCUCCUCAGAGGAGCCUCCGAUUUUGUCUUGGAUGAGGCGGAGCGGAGCGUUCAUGAUGCUCUCUGUGCCACAUCCCGAGCGUUGGAGUCCGGGAGUGUUGUCGGAGGUGGUGGGUGCGUUGAGGCUGCUCUAUCACUCCAUCUUGAGGAGUUCGCUACCUCCCAUCGUGGAAGGGAACAGAUGGCCAUUCUAGCUUUCGCUGAGGGAUUGAUGAUUAUCCCCAAGACCUUGGCCCUCAACGCCGCCCUUCCUGAUGUACCUGCCCUUGUCGCUGAACUACGUGUUGCUCAUACUCGUGGUAACGCGACGGCCGGUCUCGAUCUCAGUAAAGGAGAGGUCACUGAUGCAGUGUCGCAGGGAAUACUCGAGCCGAUGGUAUCCAAGCUGAAGUCCAUUAAAUUCGCAACAGAGGCUGCUAUUACCAUUCUCAGGAUCGAUGAUCUCGUUAAAGUUGUAGGUUGA